GACACCUCCGACUCUGCUCCUAGACCAUGGCGCACAACGGGGAGAACCGCGAACUGCCUCCGCUUCCACCUUUAGACGACAGUGACCACGCUUCACCAACGUUGACUGUCGUCCCGCCACAACAGCAUGUUAGCCAAGACGCUGUACAACCUCCGCAAGCCCAGCUGCCUGAAUCCCAUCAACGUCAACGUCGAAUCUCGAUAAGCCAACCUCCUGCUCAGGGUUCACUCGGCAGUGACGUCCAGGUCCUCACACCUCCAGUCCUCUCUAGCCCAGAACAACGUCACAGCCAAAUUGAGCAUCGACACUCAACGUUCUCAACAUCCACCGGGAACCGGGCAGAUCUCUCUUCACAGACGCAUUCCAGCUCGACUCCGCCACCCCAUCCUCGCGUGGGCACACCCGCCAUCUGGGCUCGUGGAGGAUCAGCGUCCCCCAUUCCCAGUAUUCCAGAGCAGAAUCAACGCGAUGCCACUGGUCGCCUGCAAGUCUCCGCCACGUCUCUCGACCGCCGGCCAGCCGAUACCACUCGUCCUCCACUCACGGCGUCUCCCACCCAAUACGAUCACCCUGACGUAAACGAUGCAUCUGCUGCUGCUGCUGCUUCCUAUGACCCCGUUCCACUUCCACGGCCUCGCCUUCGAGCUCGAACCACCACCAACGGCCACAUCUCCAUCAUGUCUGGACCACCAGCAGCAACCCGCGAGCGUGAACACAGCAUGACAAACGGCGGUCUUGGUCCGUCUUUCUCGCCCAACGGUCCCUCGCGGCGCGUCUCGAUGCACGGCGGGGCUCCUCAGGCUGUCCGACGAGGCUCAGGUCAUUCUUUCAACGGCACACGCGAUGGGUACGGACAUCCCUACAACAUCGAGCGACGGAACACGGGUGUCAGUAUCGAGCUGCCUCCCGCUGCUGUGCGCGAGGACUAUGAAGAAGACGACCUAGGACACAUCCCACAUUCAAGACGCUUUUCAGCAGUUAGCGGCAAGGCGAAGAGAUAUGCGUCGCGAGCUCGCGACAGUGUCAUUUCGAGAGAGGAUCGAGCUGCACUCAUGGCAGCCCAAGAUAAGCGCAUACAACUCCUACUUAUCGCGGCAUUAGCCGAAAAACGCAAGUGCGAACUGAAAGCAAAGCUCACCGCCUACGCACUCAACUUCGCCAUCGGACUGCAGGUCCUCCUCGGUGCUCUCACGACGGCGCUCUCGGUGGCAACGACUGGAAGACAGACGUCCAUCAUGACUGCCACCCUCGGCGGCAUCUCAACCCUCGUCGCAUCCUACCUCGCCCGCGCCCGUGGGUCCGGUGAGCCCGAGGUCUCGGUCGAGCGCGUGCGCGACCUCGAGCAGUUCGUGCGCGAGUGCACAGCGCUCGACCUCGACGCGCACCGCCCGGGCGGUGACCCGAUGCUCAUCAACGUACGCAUCAACGACCUUCGCCUCCGGUUCGAGGAGAUGCUCGGGAACGCGACUGCGGACCGACGCGCGUCGUCUAAUAGUAACCCUACGUCGCCCCAGCCUCAGAGUCACCAACAUCCCGGCUCGUCUACACAGACUGAGUCGGUUGUCUCCCAGCAAUAUGCGUCAUCGGCUCAUCAUCCACCGCCGGGCCCUCAGAGUCACCCGUCGGUAGCGCAACAUCAGACGCUGGCACCUCAGAAUUACAAUACGGCGCCUCAACAUGCUGCGUCGGUGCCCCAGCAAUACCCGUCGGCGCCCCAGAACCACACUACGAUACCUCAAGACCACACGCAACAUGGUGGCCAUACCUAAACGUCUAAGCUACCCGUCUAUAUCGAUACGCUAUCGUUGUCUGGUUAAAGUAUUGUUAUCUUACUGACCUUGGUAUUAUUCGUAAUCGUUCUCGUCUACUUCGGACCAUCAUCGUGUUUAUUAUACUCAGCUACGUUUGGUUACCGUGCAUCGCUAUAUUCUGAUUGGCACUAAUAUUCGUACAUGCUACAUCCCCAUAUCUUACAAGAUAGACCUACAUACAACCGCAACCUCACGCAUACUGUCGGAACUUGUCUUAGGGGCAUUGUAAUGGAUCCGCUUUAAAAUCGCUACAAAUAAUUUUAUGAUGUGAUUAGAAUAUACAUCGCCAUGAC